AUGACCGGACGGGACGCGCUUUCUGAUGGGCGCGUCAGGAGCAGGGUCCUGGUGCCCGGCGGUUCCCCCACGGGCUCACGCCCUCGAAGCUUCGCCAUCACAGACCUGCUGGGUUUGGAGGCCGACCUGCCGGCCCCCGCCGGCCCGGGGCCGGGAUCCAGCUGUGAGAGCCCGGCGGCCUCACGAGGCCCGGGGCCUGGGCUCGGCGGCUCCUGCUUGGCGCGUGGGGCUCUCCCGCUGGGGCUGGGCCUGGGCCUCCUCUGUGGCUUUAGCGCCCAGCCGCCCUCUGCUGCUCGGGCACCCUGUCUGCUUCUGGCCGACUUGCCGUUUCUGCCUCCUGGGGGACCCGAGUCCGCUGCCCCGCAGGGUCCUGGCCACACGCCGCCCGCGCUUCACCGCCAGAAGCGCAACGAGAACCUCUCCACGUCCGAUGAGGACAGCCCAUGUGAAAACACGAGUGACCUGAAGGCGUCCCCCACCCUUGGCAAGAGGAAAAAGCGGAGGCACAGGACGGUUUUCACUGCUCACCAGCUGGAAGAGUUGGAGAAGGCAUUCAGCGAGGCUCACUACCCUGAUGUAUAUGCCCGGGAAAUGCUGGCUGUGAAAACCGAGCUCCCUGAAGACAGAAUACAGGUGUGGUUUCAAAACCGGAGGGCCAAGUGGCGCAAGCGGGAGAAGCGCUGGGGCGGCAGCAGCGUGAUGGCCGAGUACGGACUCUACGGGGCCAUGGUGCGUCACUGCAUCCCGCUGCCGGACUCUGUGCUCAACUCCACUGAGGGUGGCCUACGCAGCUCCUGCGCGCCCUGGCUACUGGGGAUGCAUAAAAAGUCCACGGGAAUGAUAAGAAAACCAGGAAGUGAAGACAAGUUGGCAGGACUCUGGGUCUGUGACCACCUCAAAGAAGGUUCUAGUGAGAGUCAUGAAGGAUCCCAGAGAGGCUCAGACAAAGGGAGCUCUGAGAACAGCUUGGAAGAUGUGGUCAUGGAUCUCUCCAGCUCUGGCCGGCGUGAGACCAAGGAAGUGCACCAGGGGGCUGAUGCUGAAGGUUGCUCCCACCCUGUGGGGUCAGAAGGGCUCCAGCCCAGGAAGGUGUGA